AUGUAUCGUCACGUCAGUAUCAUGGAUGCCGUGAACCAAAUUGAACCAGAGGCCAACCUUGAUCGUCCGCAAAAACGGCUUUCAACCUCAUCAUCUUCUUCCAGUAUUCGUAAUCAACAUCAGCCGUUAUAUAAUACAUUAGCCGAAUACACCUUGAAUUCACCACGAACUUUUCCUAUCGACCCUUCUCUCUCAUCACGUAACGUAUCUUCAAGUUCAAGAAGACCUUCAUCGCCUCUCAAAGCGAUUGAAGAGCUACGACCCUCAGAUCAACCUGGUCCCUUCAAGGGAUAUACCUUUCCCUACAGUCAGAACAACUCACCCUCGAAGGAAAACAUCAAUAUGACCGCGAUGGCUCCGUCCAUGUCACCCACAUCAUCCUCGACCGGUUACCCUUCGGCGGGAUCCAGUACAGGUAUGAUAUCAACAGCUGCUCAUCGGUUAUCUGUGUCGGGAAGACCAAGACGUCCUUCACCUUUACUACAUGAAAUCCAACCGCCAAGUAGACGAUUAUCAGCUCAUCAAAUGUUAUUGUUGACACCGUUCGGAGGACCUUUACCUGCUGGAGCGUUGACUGGCGCAGGUGGCAUGGGGAUGUCGAGGGGUUCCUCAAGUAUGGGAAGCUCGCUUCCUACAGCUCCUCCUAGAUUAGGUAGCACAUUGGGUCAGCCAUCUGGUUUCUCAAGAAAAGAUAGUGGAAGUAGUACAAUGACAGCAACACCAAAUACAGCGCCCUCAAUGGGCAGGGAAGCUCCGCCGGCCAACCGUUUCCCUCCAAGAGUGCGACAUUCUCUAGCAAAUCCGGUUGCCAACCCCUCCCCUCUUGCUUCAGCACCUAUGACAACGAUCUUUUCUGAAAAUUCAUCGGAUGGCACUUCUUCUAAAGGUCACUCAGGCCAUGAAGCGGAGCCCAAUACAACCUUUAUCUCUCGUGAUGAGAUAGGGAAGGCGUUGAAGGAAGAGCGUGAGGAACCGGCAUCGCCACCCAGAACGCGAGCACGGUUACUCUCCGCCACGGUCGCUAUGACCCGUUCCAACUCGUUACCUGUGUUGACAUUGAGGGAAUUGCACGCUUUGAAGGAAAAGGACGGAGAACUAGGUAUACAAAGAGGAGGUGAUUGGGCUUGGGUAUCAAGGGAAGAUUCAAGCGAACCCGAAGACGCGGAGAUGGAUACACCUGGUUUAGAAACCGGGGCUAGUACCAACGCAUCCAAUUCCACUACAUCUCUAACGACGCCAUUAGAACAACCUGCAUCAUCUCCAUCGUCAUCUCUUUACCGAAACCCAUUCACCGCCUUUCAAGAUCCAUUCGCACCUAGACUGGCUGGAUCAAUAUCCAUUCCUACCCCUAUCUAUGCUCCCGAAGCAACCGCAGCGGAUUACCAUUAUUCUCCAACGGGGACUGGAGCUGAGUUGAGAAGAAUGUCAGAGAAUCCACCUGUCUCAUCACUUGCUACGCCGCCUUCGGCAAAUCGGGGGGGACGUCGAUCAGUUACGGAUGGUAGUCGUAGACCCUCUGCACCGACCACGUUACGUCAAUCUUUCGGAGGACUUACACCUAAAGUGAUGCAACGUCGAACACCUCCACAGCUUAGUCAACCAAUAUUUCAACCCACUUAUCAACCCCUCGCGCCUGAAGAAACCAGUCCCCACGGAACUCCUAUGGCAGAAGCUCCACCUACACGUCCUCGUAUACUUCGAUAUAAGAGUUCUCCCGGGCGAUUUACGGGUCUGGGCUUGAACAUCGUUGUCAGAUCGACCAACUCAGGCAACGCAAGGGGAUCAGGAUCGGAUAUAUCACCAGGUGGUCCUGGAUCAGCAGGAGCGGAAAGUAGAGGUUCGAUAGGUGAUCAAUCAACUCGUGCUCCUUCAAGAUCAUCACUUGGUAUGGGUCAUUGGGCGGAAGUUGAUUUCAUCGAUUCUCUAGCUGCUACUGCAGAUAUAGCUCUAGCAUCUGAGAACGCGGCGGUCGCAUCUGCAUCAGAAGUAGCGUCUACUUCCGCCGUAUCUGCAUUAGGAAUGUCAAGAACGUCAAGCUCGAUCAGUCCUACCGCUGUCACGCGGAAUUUACCUACUAUCCGACAAAGCGAAUCGUCAGGAUCACUUUCAGCUAUAUCUCCGAACAAACGUUCUACCUUAUCAGCUGUAUCUGCUCCAGCCACCAAAACAGAGUACAAGAUUGAACAUGUCGCUUCAAGAUCUCAUCUUGUUGGAUUUUCAAUGGAUUCAGAACCGAUAUUUAAAGGUAGAUCGAGAUUUGAAUCUGUUGAUUCAGCUUUCCCUUUAAUGCCGGGUGGUAACGGUGAAAGAUUAUCAGUACCUCUUAAAGGUGCAGGUGAAAGUUUUGCUCAUCGAAAUCCAAGUUUAGAUGUACCAACAAUUGAAUUAUCACAAGGGUUCCCAAGAAGAGGUAGUUUAGGUAUGGGAACUUUUGCUAGAUUGAGGAAAUUAUCUGGACAAUCACCAAAUUCACAAGAACAACGAUCAAAUAAAGUUGAUGAAUUGGGUACCAAAAUACAGCCUCCGUCCAACGUCAUCUCAAGCAGUCAUUGGUCAGAAAGAAGAGGUAGUUGGGCGGAAGGUUGGUCAAAUGGUGAUAAUUAG